AUGUUAAUUCCAGAGAUCUUGAGGGCUCCCAUUACGGCAUCCAUAGUGAUGAUCGAGAUAUACGCUCAAAUAAUCAAAAUGCACACAAUGAACACGAAGUCGCUUGCUGCCAUCGACAAAAAUGGGCUUCCCUUAAUUCCGCAUGGUCCUCAGCGACAAAAACUUCAGUCGCUCCAGAAAUAUAGCCUCUUUGUUGCUAAGAUAGCGAUGGCAGUUGCUGCGAUUUUUUUGGGAACUAUCGGUGUCAUUCUUAUCGCUAGUGCCAUUCAAUUUGUAUCCGCGCUAUUAAGUAAAAAGAUAGAUGCUACUGGUACUUUGUAAUGAAUCAAGGCAGUCAAACUGCAACCGCGCUACGAUCUUGUCAUUUACCUGGCAGCUUGUCUGAACAACGUUACUGAAGAUUAAAUAACAUACGUCAAUCUUGGAGAGUUGGGCGUUCCGCGAUGAAGCUUCUUAUCGUCGUCGAUGAUUAGGGAUUUUGCAUGGUUGGCGGUGCUUCCUAGUCACCAUGAGCAUUGUAUAUGGUUAAG